AUGCCUUUGAAUAGCAUCCUUGAAGUGGAAUUGUUCGAUGUUUGGGGAAUCGAUUUCAUGGGGCCAUUUCCACCAUCAUUCAAAAAUUUGUAUAUCUUGGUGGCGGUUGACUAUGUCUCUAAGUGGGUUGAAGUAGUGGAAAGUCCUACUAAUGAUUCCAAGGUGGUCAUGAAGUUCCUAUAUAAGCAUUUGUUCACUCGUUUUGGCACUCCAAGGGCACUUAUAAGUGACGAAGGCACCCACUUUGUGAACAAGAUUUUGGCAGCUUUGUUUGCCAAAUAUAGUGUGAAGCACAAGAUUGCCACAGCCUACCACCCUCAAACAAAUGGUCAAGCGGAAAUAUCCAAUAGAGAGAUCAAAGGAAUCUUAGUGAAAGUGGUGAAUCCUAGUAGAAAGGUAUGGUCUCAGCGAUUGGAUGAUGCUCUUUGGGCCUAUAGAACGACUUUCAAAACCCCUUUGGGAAUGUCACCGUAUCGUUUGGUUUUUGGGAAAGCUUGCCAUUUUCUCGUUGAGAUGGAGCAUAAGGCAUAUUGGGUCACUAAAAAGUUGAAUAUGGAUCUCCAAGCAGCUGGAGAAGCUCAUAAGUUACAAUUAAAUGAGCUGGAAGAGAUGAGGUUUUUCUCCUAUGAAAAUGCUAAGCUAUACAAGGAGAAAACUAAGAGGUGGCAUGACCAGAAAAUUCAAGCUCGAGCCUUUGAGAAGCGGCAGAAAGUGUUACUCUUCAACUCAUGCUUGAAGUUGUUUCCUGGCAAUUUGAAGUCUUGCUGGUCAAGCCCAUUCACCGCGGUGAAAGUUUAUCCCUUUGGAGCAGUUGAAGUUUGGGAAGAUCAAUCCGGGAGGGAAUUUAAAGUGAAUGUGCAGCAUUUGAAACAUUAUUGGGGAGGUGAGGUUGACUGCGAGAAGACCUCCAUCACUUUGGAGGAUCCUUAA